AUGUCUGUUGCGAAUUUCUUCUUUAUCGCUGCGUUUAGUCUGGUCAUCACAGCGCAGUGGGAGCUGUCAACCGGCAAUGGGUUCGCCUACACUGCUUUUUCUACGCGGGGUUUUGGCGCUCUUUUGACCUCAGCGUUCGGUGUAGCCACGGCAUACGGCGGAAGUGACACGGCUCAAUAUCAUAAUGCUGUGGGGUUCUUCAUGAUCCUAUGGACGAUUUACGUCUUCACCUUGCUCAUUGCAUCACUCCCGACCAAUGUUGCAUAUAUCCUGGUAUUCUUCCUCGUGGAUCUUGGAUUUCUUAAUGUAGCAGCCAGCUACUUUGCUUCGGCAGAUGGUCACGCAGCGGCGGCUACUGCGCUCAAGAAAUCAGGUGGUGUAUCCUGUUUCCUGGCUGGUUUAGUGGAUACUGCCGAGGCAUGGUUGGCCAGAGCAAGCGAAGUUGCUGAAGUUUUGGGCCAGGAUGCAGCUCAGCGUGAUCAAGAGAACAAGUCGCCCAGGGCUGAAAUCACUCUUCUUAAGCACUCGGGUCUCUUAAAGCUCCUCGGUCCUAAGAUGUACGGAGGUGGAGAGCAGCCUUGGAGUGCUGGAUACCAGGCCAUUCGCGAGGACGCCAAAGUCGAUGGUUCCAUUGGCAUGCUUCUGGGCUAUCAUCUCCUCUGGUCUACCACCGCGAAUGUUGUUGGCUCGCCCAAACAAAUUGAGCGCAUUCAUGAGCUGAUAAUCACCAACAACUACUUCGUCGGUGGUGCUGUCAACCCUCGAGACAGCGAUCUGAAGAUUGUUUCCGAUGGCGACCAGAUUGUCUUCAACGAAACUAACUUUUUUAACACUGGCAGUGUCGUAUCCGACCUGACUGUCCUGGAGGGUGUUCUCGAAGGUACCGAUAGCCACAUCUUUGCUCUGGCCCCCACUAAACAGGAGGGCAUGGUAUUUGCUCACAACUGGCACAACAACGGUCUGCGUCUGACCGAGUCCGGUAGUGUGAAGAUGAACAAUAUUCGGCCCCGUGAAGAUGUUCUGGCCGGCGCUUUCCCAACUCUGCUUCUUCCUACUAUCCAACUCGUUUUCAGCAAUUUCUAUCUGGGAAUUGCUUUCGGUGCCCUCGAAUUUGCUUCAAAAUACACCACCGCGAUCACUCGCGCGUGGCCUUUCGGAGGCGAUAAUAAGGCAUCCGCAACCGACGAGUUCUGCAUUCUCGAGCGAUACGGCAACUUCUUCGCCCAUCUCCGCGCCACCGAAGCCCUGGCGGAUCGUGCGGGAGAUCGUCUGUCAGCAAUUUACAGCAAGUACCAAAGCAAUCGACUUGCGCUCACGCCGGAAGAGCGAGGGGACGUUGCCGAGUGGAUUGCUAGUGUCAAGGUGGUUACCACGGACGUUGGGCUUCGCGUCACCUCGGGCGUGUUCGAGGUUACUGGUGCUCGGGCAACUUCGCUGAAAGUUGGUCUGGAUCGAUUCUGGAGAGAUAUCCGAACUCACACUCUCCAUGACCAAUUGGCCUAUAAAAAUCGGGAAUUAGGUCGAUACGUGCUCUUGCACGAGUACCCCGCCCCUUCUUGGUUUACUCAAGAGUGGGGGGUCUUUGGCGGGGGAAAGUGA